AUGUUGCGCUCCACGUCCACAGUCACCCUGCUCUCGGGCGGCGGCGCCAAGGCGCCCGGGGCGCCCAGCAGGAGGGCAAACGUCUGCAGGCUGCGGCUGACCGUACCUCCUGAGAGUCCAGCUUCUGAGCUCAGUGAGAAGAAGGCUGAAAGAAAAGAGCAGCAGCCGGACCAGAGCAAUGGAGAACCUGCCAGGAAACUUCCUCAGGGUGUUGUUUAUGGUGUGGUGCGAAGAUCAGAUCAAAAUCAGCAGAAAGAAAUGGUGGUGUACGGGUGGUCCACCAGUCAGCUGAAAGAGGAGAUGAACUACAUCAAAGACGUGAGAGCCACUUUGGAAAAAGUAAGGAAGCGAAUGUAUGGAGACUAUGAUGAGAUGAGACAGAAAAUUCGACAGCUCACCCAGGAACUAUCGGUUUCCCAUGCUCAGCAGGACUAUCUAGAGAAUCACAUCCAGAUACAGUCGUCAGCCCUGGACAGGUUUAAUUCCACGAACUCGGCCUUGGCAUCGGACUCCCUUGGCCUGCAGAAAACCCUUGUGGAUGUUACUUUGGAAAACAGCAGCAUUAAGGACCAAAUGAGAAAUUUGCAGCGGACAUACGAAGCAUCCAUGGACAAGCUGCGGGAAAAGCAGAGGCAGUUGGAGGUUGCGCAAGUGGAAAACCAGCUGCUGAAAAUGAAGGUGGAAUCAUCCCAAGAAGCGAAUGCGGAGGUGAUGAGAGAGAUGACCAAGAAGCUGUACAGCCAGUACGAAGAGAAGCUGCGAGAAGAGCAGCAGAAGCACAGUGCUGAGAAGCAGGCUCUCCUGGAAGAAACGAAUAGUUUUCUGAAAGCGAUUGAAGAAGCCAAUAAAAAGAUGCAUGCAGCAGAGAUCAGCUUAGAGGAGAAAGACCGGAGGAUCGGGGAGCUGGACCGGCUGAUAGAGCGCAUGGAGAAGGAACGCCAUCAAUUGCAACUCCAACUUCUAGAGCAUGAAACAGAAAUGUCAGGGGAAAUAACUGAUUCUGACAAGGAAAGGUAUCAGCAGUUGGAGGAGGCAUCAGUCAGCCUCCGUGAGCGGAUCAGACACCUGGAUGAUAUGGUGCAUUGCCAGCAGAAGAAAGUCAAGCAGAUGGUUGAGGAGAUCAUGUCACACGAACUCUUCUCCGGAUUUAGUCUCCGGCUCUUUGGAAGAUGAUAAAAUGGUAGCCUGCUCUGGGUUGGAAGGAAGUCCUUUUAUUGUUCGUGACUAGAAGAACACUUGUACUCUCUGUGCUGGAAAGAGGUGGCAUUUAUCUGUGAGGAGCCGAUGAACAAAACAGGAGGGCCUUGCUCUUGAAAGGACAAGUUGACCAUGUAGGGCUCUCGUUUGAGAGAACACCCAACUCGUACAUGUCACCUUGUACAUCCUCAAACUGCAGAGUCAAGAGAACUCAAAGAGCCACAGAGCAUUUUUUAGAAACUUAGGUUGCUAGACCUCCAAGAAGGAAAUGCAAUGAAAAAUAGUAGUAAAAAAUAAUUCGGAGAAUGCCAGGUGGAAAAUGAAGCCUUACUUAUGGAAAAACUGCCAAGGACAUCUGCUAAGGAGAUGGGAAGAGGGCUUGAAGAACUUCAGUGCUCCAGGAAGGAAGUGCUACCCACCAUAUCACACCCCAGAAAAUACAGAUGCAGCCGAGUUUCCGGGUAGUCUGAUUAUAUUAAUGUGCGGGAGGCGGCCCUGAGGUUGUCCUUUGAAUGGGUAUCAACUGCACUAGUCGAUGUAACCCUCUUCUUGUUUGUUUGUUUAAGAAAGGUUUGGGUUGCAUCUAUCGCCAAGGGUAUUUUACCUGAAUAGAGAGUUAACCACCUUCUUGAAAAGACAUACAUCUGAUGAAAAGAGAAAUAUAAUCAGCAGAAAUUUAUUGAAAUGAAAUAUACUUCAUGGUACUUUAUUCUUAAAGCUGCCUUCCUUGAGGCAGGUGCAGGUGAUAGUAUUUCAUCAAAACUCAGUGAUGCUUAGAAUCUAAUAGUAGUGGUUGCAGUGGGUGGUAUUAGCCUACGUAUGCUAGUAGGCUGGGUUGAGGGAGUGAGUUUAUUCAGAGUCCCAGUGUCUGUCACUUAGAUGCUGGGUGGUUCUCCACACCCACCACUUUCCCAUGGCAAAGUGGGCCUGUAGAUGCUUUCUUGUCAAUAUUUGUCACUAGUCUUUCAUUUAGAUGCUUCUUCCCAGCGUAAGCAAAUAGAGAGUGGAUGGGAAAGGAAGCAGAUGAAUAAUUUUCCCCGUUAGUAAUAGCCUGUGCCUACUGCUCUGUUUAAAUGCAGAUUCCCUGCUAAGGCGGGGCAGCUGAUGAUCUGCAGGGUAGGCGGAGUUCCACCAGAGAGAUUGGAGUCAAAUUUGAUAAGUGCUAAUCUGGAUGUCAUGCUAGCGUAAUCCGCCCUAUUUGUUGGAAUACCUUUUCUGCCAUGUUUUUCUAAGCCCUGAUGGACAAGUUACUGUCCUUUGUUCUAGUGGAAUAGAUUCAUUACCCAGUUACAAAAAUUGAAAUAAUAUUUAAAAGAGGGCCUAAUGACUUUUAGAGCAAGUGUGUUGCCCAUGUGAGCCUCUCUUCCCUGGUUACAUGCUCUUCCCCUCCCCACCCCCGCCCUUGGUGCCCUUGGUGUUUCUUCUCUCUCUGGGCCAUGGACAGUACCUGCAGGCCAGGUGGGCCUUAUUUUGGGGAGCAGAUGGCAAGCAGCCUGGCCCUGUGGGGCCUGGCUGUGCUGGGACCAGGCUGGGGGACUCCACGAGGAAAGGCCUACACUCCUCGCUCGCCUCACCCUAGUCCCAGCGCUGGGUCCUGCGCUAAUGGGUGAUCUCCAAGAUCUGGGACCUCUGCUUUCCAGGACCUACCUCGACUGGCUCCUCCCUGCCUUUGCUAGCGAACCUCACCUCACCCCUUUCCUGCCUAGACUGUCGUGUGGUCUGAACUUGACUUAUUGCCAGUCAAACCUGAGUUAUCUGCUCAAAUCCUACCCCAAUACCACUCCCCCUACACACACACACUUAACACACACACACACACACACACACACACACACACACUUACCACCCCCAUCCUUCCCCACCCUCCUUUUACCUGGAUCCUUAUUCUUGGACUCCUAAGGCUACAGUCGGUCCCAUAUGCUGCUAACCUGCAGGAGGUGCUACUCGAAAGUUCAAGGCGAAAUUUAUCGAUAGUAAGUGAAUAUGUCAUAGUGUCAAAUUCUAGUGUUUAACCUUAUAUUAGUCCCUUCUUUUAAAAUCUUAGGUAUUUUAUCUAAAAUGUGAAGCUUUUAGAUGUUAUCAGAACUAUCACGUGUGUAAGCCUUUUCUCCUAUGCAUUUUAGAAAGAAAUAUUGCAGGUUCAUUUUGUGAUGUCUGUUGAUUACUGUAUUUGCAAUACAAAUUGUCCUUUCAAGGCAGGAAGUCUGUUCUUUGUAAAUGUCAUUGAACCCACUUUCUCUUUGUUGUCAUUGUUUCUAACAGGCUUUGCGAUAUUUCUCGCAGACCUGGAUGCCUGAAUUUUGCCUGUAGAGAGUGCCGGCAGGCUAAGGAGUUUGUAUUCCAAGUAGCAGCCAGUUAUUGAGUGUUUCUCAUGUUUCAGGGCUGGCCAUAAGGCCUCACUGAGAGUCCCACGGUAGCCUCAUGUGGGGGCCGGUGUUAGCUCAAUUAUUUUAGGACAGAGAUUGAGGCUUAGAAUCUUAAAAACUGAGUAGCCUGCAGUCCCUCGGCAAAUAAUGGGGGUGCUGGGGUCCACACACAGACCUUUGACUCAAAAGUCAGUGUUUAUCUUUUCUUCUUGUUUUUAUUUUUGUUUUGUUUUUUAGAUUGGAAAAAGAAAUUUAAUACAGAAAAUUAUAGAGAAUGAUUAAAAACAAAAAUCCCAUUUACCCUCCUCCAGAAUUAACAAAUGUAACAUUUUGGCAUAUUUGUUUCAGAUUUUCUUUUUAAUAAAAGAAAUAAAAUAUUACAGAUAAAGAAGAGGUUCCCUUUUUAUUCUUCCUCAGUUCUGUUCCUUUUCCUUCCUCCCCUCUCCCUCCUUCUUCAGAGGGAACUGCUACAGGAAUUCGCUGUCCAUCCAGGCCAUGUUUCUUUGCUUUUACAUACUUAUAUAUGUAUCAAUAUUCAGCUUAGUUUAUAUGCUUAAAAUUUUACAUAAGUAGUUUUGUACAUAUUUUGCAACUUGCUCUUUAUCCCAAUUUUGAUUUUGCUGUUAUUAUGUACAGAUCUAAGUUAUUCAUUUUUAAUGUCUAUAUAGUAUUCCAUUAUAUGAUUAGAUUGUGACUUAUUUAUCCAAGACCCUAUUAAUGGGUAUUUAGUUUGUUUCAAAGUUUUAUUCUUUUAUAACCAGUGCUGAACAUGUAUCCAUGCUUCUCUAGUUAGGGGAUGUACUUAGAGGAGGAAUUACUAGGGCCUGGGGUUGGCCCAAUUUCAGUUUUACUAGAUAUUGCCCACAUGCUCUCCAAUAUGAGCACUUCCAUCAGUCAUGUAUGACAGGGUAGAUUUCUCCACAUCCUCACUGCCACUUGGCACUCACUGCUAGACUAUAAUUUUAGCUAGUUGUGACAUGGUAUCUCAUUUUAGUUUUGUCAGCCUGACUGCUACUACUUAUUUCAACUAGUGAGGUUCAGCAUCUUUUCAUAAGCUUAUUGACCAUUCAGGCUUCCUCUUUCUUUGAAUUGGUAGUUCAGAUCUUUUGUUCAUUUCUCUAUUAGGUUGUUUAUCCUUUUUCCUGCUGAUUUGUAGGAAGUCUUUAUAUUUUAUCAAUAGUAAUCAUUCAUCAAAAAACAUUUGGAUGCAAUUAUCUUCUCCCAGCAAUGGUUUUUCGUAUGAUUAUUUGUUUAUGGUGUCUUUUAUAAUAUACAAGUCUUAAAUGUUGGUAUGGUUCAGUUUAUCAGUCUUUUUGUAGUGUUUUGUUAUGUCUGUCUGUUAUAAAGAUAUUUUCUGUUAUAUUUGAAAUUAUUGUUUUUCAUCUUUAGAUUUUUAAUUACAAUCCCCACCCCACACUAUUCUCACCUUCCUUAUUCUCUUUUUCUCCACAGUCCUUAUCAUCUUCUAAUUCACCAUACACUUUACUUAUCUGUUUUGCUUAUGUUUUGUUUAUUGUCUGUUUUCCCUCGCUAGAAUGUACGCUCCAUGAGGGCAGGGACUUUUGUCUGUUUUGUUCACGGCUGUAUCCCUAACACCUGGAACAGUCACUGGCAUAUAGUAGGUGCUCAAUAAA